CGUGAGAAAGUGUGAACCAACUGAAAAUGGAAGAGGCCUUUUUAGAUGACAAAGAUGGAGGGAAGGAUAUACCCAACUACAAUUAUACAAGUCAUUUUACCAGGUCAAGGAUAAGGAUGCAAAUUCCUGGGAUGUUUCACACAGGUGAUAUCUGUUGCAGAGUGGUCACAGGUGCUCUGGGGGUGCUGUGUAUGCUGUUGCUCACUGUUGUCAUAGUGCUGUCAGUGGAGAGAUCACACCUGGAUUCCACCUUCAGGAAUUUGACAUCUGAAAAAGACCUGUUGAGUUCUGAUUUUGAUAGUUUGAAGGUGGAGAGUGCGGCUGUGAAAAGUAGACUUUCUGAUCUUGAGAAGCAUUUAAAUGAGGGAUGGAUCUUUUUCCAGUCUUCUUUGUAUUACAUCUCUCAUGACACAAUGCAAUGGAGGACUGCCAGGGAUGACUGCUUGAGAAGGCAGGCUGACCUGGUCAUCAUAAACAACAGAGAUGAGCAGCAGUUCCUCACUGACCUUCAAAAAGAGUUCUGGAUAGGGCUGACGGAUUGCGAUGGGACAUGGAAAUGGCUAGACGGCACACUCGUAAAUCCUUCUACCACUUGGUGGGACAGUGGUCAACCAAACAGCUAUGCUGGAAAUGAAGACUGUGCUGAAAUAAGGGUGCGUGGCUCUCUCACCAACUGGAAUGAUGACUUGUGCACCCGGGCACAACUUUGGGCAUGUGAGAAAACUGAUGUAGACAUUUAAUUUGUACUUUUUGCUGUUCAUCUUCACUUGUACACUUCACUCUCUUUGCUAUUCCAUGUCAAUGAAAGACCUGUUUUGUUAUUUUUGUUUUUUUCCCCCAAAAAAAUAUAUUUUAAAAUGCUGUACAGUCUUAUUGUGGAAUAAUUGACUAUCAAAAGAAUUAUGUAUGGAAAAGCAAAAAAUAUCAAAAGGCCUUAAUGGUACAAAGAUUUGAAAUUCAAAUGAAAGUUUAGGUAUAGGCUUCA